AUGACGGCGUCAAGUCAUUAUUCUGGCCAGCCCACAAUCGUAGCAAGUAAUAGUCAGUCGCAAUCCUCAAGAGAGCUUGCUCUUGUCGCAAGCAAGCUCAACAUUGCUCAAACACCAGACAAUUUUGAGUUCCCAAGGUCACGAUCGGAACGACUCAAGCACAAAAUAUUCAUGCUGAAGUAUCUGGACUCUGCCGAUAAGCUCCUACCAGAAAUACAGGAUUCGACCUGUCCAAGAUCAUGUGACAUAGCAUUACGGAAUGCCAUUGAAGUCAGACUUUGGACGCUGGCACAGAAGAAGAUACUGGAUCCGAAAGCAUGCAGGAAGCUUCGGCCACUAGACUUUGAGUGGGACAGCAAUCCUACGUCUCAGCAAUGCUUUGACUAUCUGGACGAGGAUCUUCUCGAAAGCGGUAUGUCUCCACUAUGCUCCUCAGACUUAUCGUGUGACUACGAAGAAUCAAGUCAGCCUGAUGUGACGCCCUCACACGAAUUUGAGAUGCUUUUCGAUGCAUCUAGCGUUGAAAGAUUCUCCAAUCACAAGUCAUGGGUAGAAGCUGAUGAAUCGGAUCUCUGGCUCGAUGACCUUGACAACGAGUACUUUGAAAAUCCGUCGCAGACGCUGGGUCCUGAAAGCUUGGGCAUUCCUGUUCACGAUAAUCGCCCUGUUGGACACCAGCAGUAUUUGACGAUUCCAGAUUUGAUCCCCACGCCAUUGAAUUCUGGAGACUUUGAAUCCAUGCUAGAUGGUUUUAGUGCCGAUGCAGACAUCGGGAUGCCAGAAGCUCACUUUCAAGCCGAUCACCUUCUUCAAACAAUCUCGACUGAAGAUGAGUAUAUGCUCUUUGACGAGCCUGAAGAUGCGAUACCAAUCUAA